CUAUUUUUACGCUCAAUAAAAAAAAAAAAAAAGAAAGAUUCUCUUCGUCAAAAUUUGAACAGCUGAAAUGUCAACCGCCAUUGUAGAAACUGCCCGUGCGGCCCGUCUUGCUUCUGUCAGCCUACAGUCUGUAACCGCAGAACAGAAAAAUGAAGCUCUUUUGAAAAUAAAACAAGUUUUAAGCGAACGUCGAGAGGAAAUAUUCAAAGCUAACGAAGAGGACAAAAAGAUUGCUGAAGAAUUAGUCAAGCAAGGAAAACUCUCCAGUUCAUUGUUCAAACGUUUAGAUGUUUGUCAAGGAGAUAAAUUUGAUACGAUAUUAUCAGGUGUAAGCGAUAUUGCUGAAUUACCUGAUCCUACCAAAAAGGUGACAUUAGCUACCAAGUUGGACGAGGGUUUGGAUUUGUAUCGAAUCACUGUUCCUGUUGGUGUCUUGCUGACUAUUUUCGAAGCUCGUCCUGAAGUAGUUGUCAACAUAUCGUGUUUGGCACUCAAAUCCGGUAAUGCAGUUAUUUUGAAAGGUGGCAAAGAAGCCACGCAUACAAAUGCUGCUUUGGCACGUGUGAUUCAAGAUGCAUUGGCUAGUUUACCUUUUAAAGAUAUUCCUAAAGAGGCCGUUCAAAUUGUGGAAACUCGUGAAGACAUUAAUGCGUUGUUAGAUCUCGAUCGUUAUAUUGAUUUGGUUGUGCCUCGAGGCAGUAAUAGUUUGGUCAAGUUUAUCCAAAACAAUACAAGAAUUCCUGUUCUUGGUCAUGCUGAUGGUAUCUGUUCUGUUUAUAUCGACAAAGAUGCAGAUAUUGAAAAAGCAAAGAAAAUUGUUGUUGAUUCCAAGACAAACUAUACUGCUGCUUGCAAUUCUGCCGAGACAUUAUUGGUCAACGAAGCCUUACUACAAAAUGGUGAAUUCAGUAAAGUGGCCAAAGUCUUAUUAGACGCAGGCGUUACGCUUAAAUGUGAGGAAAAUGUGCUCAACUUUAUUAAGAGCGUAAGCGAUAUUUCUGAUGAUGAUAAACAAAAAAAACUACAACCCGCUGUUGAGGAAGAUUUCUACACUGAAUUCUUGGAUUUGAUUAUGGCCGUGAAGACAGUAUCGAAUGUUGAUGAUGCGGUUGUGCAUAUCAAUGAACAUGGAUCCAAACAUACAGAUGCUAUCGUUACAGAAGAUGAAAAAACAGCUGAUUAUUUUAUGACCCGCGUCGAUGCUGCUGGUUGCUAUUGGAAUGCCAGUACUCGAUUUGCUGAUGGCUUCCGUUAUGGCUUUGGUGCCGAAGUUGGCGUGAGUACAAAUAAGACACAUGCUCGUGGGCCUGUUGGCUUAGAGGGUUUAGUUAUCUAUAAAUACAAGCUGUUUGGCCAUGGCCAAGGCGCUGGAGACUACGGAUCCGGAAAGAAGCAGUAUAAACACGAGACUAUCGAUCCCUCAAAUUACAUUAUUUAAAUUGAUCAAAAAAUUCUUCGAAAGGAAUAAAGGCUAUUUCAACAUUAUAUAAACAAAGGAGAAUAUAUUCCUAUAAUAGCCAAGCAUAACAUAGCAAUAUCUAGUCCUCUUUUUGUAUGAUUAUUAUAACUUUGCUUAUUACAGAGAGCGCAGCUGGCAUGGGCCGUAUUACAGUGUAGCACAAUAGAAUGUCCUCGCAGCUUGAUUAUGACCUGUCAAUGUAUCAGUGGUUUGAAUUGUUGAUACUACUUGAGAGAGGCAUUCAAAAUACAAUGUAUUAUAGGAAGCAGCUGCUGUUAUUAAUCCUGUAUUGUGUGCAGUUCGUCACAAAAGUGACUAUAGCGUAAUCGUAUGUUUUUUAUAACCGAUGCAGACAAUGCGGUUGUCAAAAUUGAGUUCAAAGAAAACCAAAAAAUACAGUGUUUUAGCUUCAACUUUAUACUUUAUACAAAUUUUAUUGGAC